AUGGCGCAGCCACGUCCGCUGGACAAGGCCACGGCAAUGCUGCUCCAUCCUCCCAAGCACAACGUCGUCGACGCACUCGAAUUGGUGCGUCUGGCAUGUUUGGAAAGGGACAUCGCGAUGGACGAAGCUGCGACAUCGAUUGCAAUGGCCAACCGCCUACAGGUCGAGCGCGACAAUCUGCGCGACGAAAUGAAGCCAUGCCGUCUGAAAACACCAUUCGUCAAGAAGGCUCGUGACAACCCGAGUGUCAUGCUCAACUUGGACUUUAUUCUGGGGGUGUUUCGGGACAAGUUGGGGGUCCCAGCCCCUGUCGUCGAACUCAAGCGGCUCGUCCUCGAACAUGCAACCGGAACAUCCACUCGACGACACGCCGCCAUGUUCAAAACCACGCUGGAGGAACUAGCUGAUACGUAUACGUCUCUCGCGGACUCGCAACGACAACUCAAUGAACUGAAGGUCACCCUUUCAAAAGACGCCGCCCGAACGAUCGAAGCAAUGGAACGUGAGCUUGCGGACAGGAAAUGCAAAGUCCUGGCCUUGGAAGCCCACAAUGCAACGCUGGAACGAGCCAACUCGGACUUGACAAGCUCCCUGGCAUCGUUGCGCCAAGAGGAAAUGUUACACCAAGCUACAACCGAUGCACUGGAAGUAGAACGGGACGAGCUCAAGGCACAACUCGAAGCUCAAGGAAGGCGCAUCAUUGACAAUGCAGGUGACACGCGCCAUGUUGUUUUGUCGCUGCAGUCGGACCUCGACCACCAACGACAAGCUUUUGACUUGCUGAACACAGAGUGGAGUGAACGGUACAACGCUCAAUCCCAGCGCAUCGAGCAACUACAGGCGGAAACGAUCGAGUUGAACCGCACAAUUGAGUGGCUCGAGGAUGCGUUGGACCAAGAGCGAACGACGACCAUCCAUUUCAAGAAUGAGCUGCAAAAAGCUCUAGCGGCCGCGGAUACAAUGCAGCAAAGUCACAUGCAUGAAUUGACGACUGUAAAAGCCCAAAGAGACGCAAUUCGAUUGCAACUCGAUCGGGACGAGUGCAAGACCAAGUGCAUCAGCACAGAGUCCAAGAGGACCGAUCGCGUCGCGGCAACGACGGAAGCAUUCUCGAACCAAACGGCGUUGGCAGUAUCCCUGAAAGAUUCAAGCGCCGAGCUACAGAACCAAGUGAAGACCUUGACUUGUAGCAACCACGAGCACAAAGCAGCUGCCGACAUUCUAGCCGUUCAUUUAGCCAUGCACGUUCGACAUUGGAAGCGACACGUUGGCGACUUGGCGGUCUCUUGA